AUGGAGUACAUGGGAAGCAAUAUAACAUACAACAAAGACAUAUACAGUGAGUUUAAGUACUACUGUGAACAGCAUGAGAUUGAAGUAAUGAGUAAAGGAGACUUUGAAACGCUUAUGAAAGACAGUGAGGAGGUCAUACAUGAGAACAGUGUUGAAAUAGUUCAUGAGAACAGUGAGGAGGUCAUAUAUGAAUGCAAUGAUGAAAUAGUUCACGAUGUCGUUCGUGAAGAAGCCAUUGCAACAAAGAAUGAGAUAAAGGAUUUCAUAGAACUUAACAAGGAGGAGUUUAAAGAAGGCUAUGAAGUGAAAAGAUGUGAAGAAGAUUUCUUGGCGUAUUUGAAGAAAAAGAGACUAAAGCCAAUGGCUCAAAAUAAGUUUCAAUCGAUGUUUGAAAAGAAACGUUUGAGCUAUGGUGGUGUAAGAAGCACAUAUUACUUUGUUAAGAAGUGA